GAAACGUGCGCGACUCUCCUAAUUGAUCUAGAAUUACCUCCAAGUGAAGGAAGAUGUAGCUCUUAGUGAUUCGUACACAGUAACCGAAGACUACCGCUAUUGGAAACUGAGGUAGAUGUUGAAGACACUGUCUCUGUCUCUGUCUCGAUGAAAAAAUCUCAAACCUCAACGCGGCACCCGCGUUUUUGUUUACAUCCUUGUGAUUCGAGAACGCUACUCAUCUUUACCUAAACCGAGCGGAAUAUGGGAAUCUGUCUGGAUACAGAACAAAGUGAUGGUUCCCGAGAUAUCGAAGAAGGCCUUGAUACCUGGACAAGAAACUCACCCAGAGCAACAAAUGUCACAACACCCCCCGCUGGAAAAUUUCCCCACAGUAACGGAACUAACAUACAUUUCGAUCCACCAAAGGUGCCUGUUAUAUUCGUUCUUGGUGGUCCUGGAAGCGGUAAGGUGACCCACUGCGACAAUUUCAUGCAGGAAAAGAAAGGAGUUACACACAUCAACAUGACAGACCUACUACAGCAGUAUGCUAUUGGAAAUGAUCUGCCAGACUUUGGACAACUUUCCAGCAAAACUGUCACAGAAGUGCUCAUGCUUGAAAUGAAGAUGUCUCCAAAUGCCAAGACCUAUCUUGUGUCUGGCUAUCCAAGGAAUAUGCGCGAUGUGGUGGAGUACUCAGAAAAGAUACAAAUGGUUCAAGGUGUCAUCUUGAUAUCGUGGAGACAGAAAGUUCUGGAAAAACAAAUUGAAUACGGUGCCAAAUUAGGUCAAGUUGUUUUAUCGUUAGCUCGUAUGGAACUCAAUAAUUUUUACAAGAAUGUCGUACCAGUUGCCGAAUAUUUCGACCAAAGCAAUAUGAUGAUAUCG